GUGCAUGUUGAUUGUUCAAUUUGCCUUGCUUGUUAGCUGAUGCUAGCUUUGAAUCAAGUUGCUGCAGGUCUGAAACGUCAGUGGCUGAAACCAGAAAUAAACUUUUCAUUAAUAUUUUAUGAACACUGCAAAGGACAAGCUUGCAUUCUAAAUUGUAUUUGCGAGGAAGUUGACUAAACACAUGUGUAUUACAACUUAUUUGUAAAUCAUGACUACGCUAAAAAUAUUUUUGAAAUCGACUGUGGCUUCACUUUGGUUAUUGUCUGCCAUUCGACUUUCUUACAUGUUAGAGUAUGAUGUCACAACCUUUGUGAAUAGCAGUUUGAUCUCAAAUAUUACGAGUUCAAAGGCUCAUAAUUUUACGUUUUCAAAUACAAGAGUACGGUUUCAAUAUGAGCUAAUUAAAGGGAGUGCUGGCCUUUCAAAUAUCGUGGACAUACUUUCCAGGCAACAGGAUAUUUCUAGAAAUAGCACUGUUUUGAGAAUGUCAUAUGUUGGAGAGCAGAUUGAAAAUAUCAUAACUGAAGUCCUCUCAAGCAAGAAAGAAAAGCUUCAUCCAUUGCAGCCAGGCAACUGCUCGCAGAUCUCGGAUGAGGCAUUCGAUGUGCCAUCACCUUGCAAAAGAUUCAAAGACGCUUAUCUGUAUACAUUCAAGACGCUUAUAAAUGAAGUUUUUGUCAAGCCAGUAAUGCUCGUGACUGACGAGCAGGAUCCUUGUGUCAAGAAUAUUGCAAAUACUCUCAGUAAGAUCUCAGAUGACGGUCUUUUUGUUCAGAAGGUUGGUAGUACUCGCUCCCUUGUAAAAGAUAUCACAGAAGCUGUAAACAAGGCAAUUACAACAUCAACAUCAACAAUUAUUCUUCUUUGCUCAAAUCACAUAUCCGAGCUAAUUUUGGCGAGAUCGAUUUCGCAUCCUGCUUUGAAGGACAAUGUGAUAUGGGUCACAGUCAGCUCAAACAUCAAAAAAGCGAUCGUUCCUACAAUUCUUUUGAACGUUGAGUUUGAGGAAAACAAGGCUAGUCUGCUGCCAUCUUUGAACAAGGACAGCAUCAUGCUUCUUGCUGCAAAGAAGGUGGUAUCAUUGUCGGUUGAAAGUAAAAGGCUAUCAAGACCGGAUGCCAUUCUUAUGACAAAGAAGGCUGUUAGCGAAUUCAAAGCCCUCUGCAAUGAGCGGAGUUCAACUGAACCUCUGGCUUCAGUCUCUUUUCGCCUCCCAAACCACCAAUGGCAAACUAUGUAUCGAUUGUCCGGCAAAGGCAAAUUAACACUGCUUUCACGCGACUCAAAGAUUUCUUGGCUUUCCCGGACCAACUUUCAUAAACAGAUGUUAACAGUUGUUACAGUAGAGGACCCACCAUUUGUAGAAAAGGCAUCUAAUAAGGAUAUUGAUAGAAAAACCCGUUCAUGUACUCAAGGCCUUUUGUGUAGAUUUAAGGAAACAACUAGCAACGGAACAACAUGGGAACGAACAUGCUGUGUAGGGCUCAUGAUGGAUCUGCUUAAACGACUACAAAAAGACUUAUCAUUGUCAAUAGAUCUCUACCUUGCUGAGGAUGGUUAUUACGGGAGCUUUGAAAAUAACACUUGGAAUGGCAUGAUCAGGGACCUUAUAAUAAGAAAGGCAGAAAUGAUAAUGGGCCCGAUUACAGCCACAGAAUCACGAUCGGCUGUGGUCGACGUUGGUGAACCAAUGUUUCAUAUAUCCCUUGCAAUAUUGCUCCUCCAACAAUAUGAGACCGAACUGUCUUUCCUGAACUUCAGCUUUGUAAACAAUGUUGAUGGAGAUCUAUUAUUGGUUCUUCUAGCAAUGUUUUUGUUUGGAUUUUGCUUCAUUUAUCUCUUGGAAAACACGCUAUUUUCUAAAAAAGACGAGAGUUCAAAGAGGAGUUAUAACCUUAAGGAUGGCUUCGCGUACGUUUCGGGAAUUACGUUUCAAAGAGAUCUUGGUGGAAAGAGCCCAAAAAAAAGUUCUGCAAGGAUCAGUUUUGUCGUCUUUGCUUUUGCAAUGGUGAUUAUCAUGUCUACGUACACGGCAACUCUGACAGCUGUAAAAGUGAAACAAGAAAAUUUGAAUGUUUUUGAAGGAAUGCAUGAUCCUAAGUUUACGAAUCCUACAAACGAUUUCAAGUUUGCCACAAUUGCUAGUACAAGUGUUGCAGAAUAUUUCCGACGUUCAACCAGCGAACACUUUAGACGCAUGUUUACGUUCAUGAAGAAAUACAAUCUCAAAUCCACUAGAGAAGGUGCAAUGAAGGUUCUCAAUGGAGAACUUCAGGCUUUUAUCAUGGAGUAUCCCAUGGCACAAUAUUAUGCUGGUAAACAAAAAGACUGCAGACUUAAAGUGAUUCCAACAAACCAUGGGAAAGGAACAUGGAAUGUUUUUUUCAGCCGUGGCUCUUCUUGGAACGGUUUAAUUUCAAGAAAAAUCUUGGAAUAUAAAGAAAAAGCUAUUCUUGCUAGUGAUUACGAGAGGUGGAUGCAUAGCAAGUGCUCAUCAGAGACUGGAACAACAGUUACAAAUCACAAAUUUACAAUAACCCAUUUCGGAGGAUUGGUAGUGAUUCUAUCUUUGUCAUUCCUUGCUUCAUUAGUAGUUCUUAUGUUUGAGAAACUUUUCUUUAUGAGAAAAGAGUGUUUACAAAAGUAUUCUCUACAUGCUUCUGAAUAAUUAUAACUGUCGUCAACAUGGCCUAUUUGAAGGGCAAUUAGCUGUGAGGGCAAACUUUUAGUUUUUCAAAGAGGAGUACAUUUGCCUAUCGAUUAAAACAAUGGAAAGUCACUGGGGCUGGAGGGGCAAUUGCCCUCCCCCUAGUUAGUUUGCUAAAAAGGGCGCUGGUCCUCAGAUGCUAAGAAUACAAUAAACGGUAUUCUUCUGACAUAACAAUUGUGACUGUGAGAGAAACUAAACCGUUCCUGAACUGUGACCACCAUCAUUUAUUCGAUGCCAACAUCAACAACCGAGCAUAUAUAGUAUCGGAGUAAUAUUAAAUGUCUGUAUAAUGCAGGGACAUGGUGUCAAAUAGAGUUAUCUGUAUAACAUGUAGAUAAUGUACGAUAUAAUUAACGAUUACAUCUGAAAAUAUAUGGUAAGCACUGCUAAGUUAUGUAACCUUACUCUAUGUUAAAUGAAGUUGUAGUUUUUAAUACAAAGCAAUGGAAAAUAACAAUUAAAUAUUGAUAAAUUUUCUAACAUUUUCUACUCUAUGGCCUCAAUUUUGAAUCUCAGUAUUUGGUUUUUAUAAUUAGAAUAAAAACAGCAUGAAAUGGUUUGAAAAUAGUAAAAAGUCAUAUCUAGCAUUAAGGCAGAGACAAUGCUUGUAAUAUGUUAGAUCUAAUGAAAAUGCACCUGUUCUCAAUUUUGUACCUAACUAUUGUUAUAAAGCUUAAUUUGUGUAAGCUGUAUUGAACAUUUGUGCUGAUAAAUUUACUUAACAAAAUUAUCAGCUGAUCGUACUAUAGAUGCCAUACCUUUUGCAUUAAAAAUACUUUGAUUUUUUUGCUGAUUCAUGCCACCUUCAAACUAAAAAUUCACCAACUUCAAGAAUUUUCCCUUGGGUGCAUGGCUCCCACUGUCCUGAUUGGUUUUUACAAGCAUCCGUCAGAAAUAAUUCCUUAUUGUAAUGUAUACAUAGUAUGUAUGUCUUUUUCUAGUACACUCUUUUUUUAUAAGAGCCAGUAAAUUUAAGUUCAGGCUGACUGUUCUUAAUUUUUUCGAAAAUCCGAGGCUAGAUUGUUCUUAAUUUGUUCUUAAAUUAAUAGGAUGCAAGCAGGGCAAUUGGUAUCUUAUUCACUCUAGAGAGGUAUUGAGGCCUCAUUUGCCAACAAAGUGAGUGAGACAGCCUUUGUUUGCCGACAAGUUUGAGUAUUCGCCGAAAAAGCACCCACACAUGGCUAAAAAUCUUCGUUUUUGAAAUGAAACGUCGUUCAAAAUUGCAUUUUACAGACUCAGGUUGCUCUUAAUUUGUUGUUAACUUCUGACCAAUUUUGAGGCUCGUGUUCUUAUAAAAUUGUUCUUAUUGAAAAAAGAGUGUAUCGUAAUUGACUCCUGUCUUCAUGUGUAUUGCAACUUGAGUUUGGUUGAGUUUGGCAGAAAGUCUCCCAAAUAAUAAUAAAAGAGGUUAAUGGCUAGAAUUCCCCUAAAAAUGGAAGCAGAAAUACAGGGGCGUUGGGAGUGUGUGGUGUGGGGAGAGGCACCCCGAAUCUUCGGCAAACUUGUAAUACAGCCAGGGCCGUCGAGAGACGGGCCGGGCCCCAGGGCUGGGACUGUCAUGGGGCCCCACCGUCGAAGGCUGCAAAAACCUUUUUUGGAUUACGCCCUUAGCAAUGCAGUUAGAUGGACUGUAAAAGACAUGAAUUUUGAAAUCAACGCCCCUGGAACACUUGAAUUUGUAUUUUAAGGCCUUUAACAGAACAUGUAAUUAGUGACUAUAUAAAAAAAAUCAUCAAAACAAAUCAGUUUAAAAAUCAGAGUUAAUUUAAUGUUUAAAAAACUGCUUUUCUUGCUUUCCUCAUGGCGGAAUCCUUAAUCUUUUCCCACAAUCUUUUCCAGCUGUCGUUCGCUCCCCAAUCAUCAGGAGAAGCCAAUUUUGAUUUUGAACCAUUAUUAAUAGUGUGCUCAAAGAACCUGCAUGGCAAACAAUAGAGUGCAGCCUUUGUAGGACUGAAAACAAGCUAGCUUCUUACUACCUCCCCAUUUUGCUGCUUCACAUUUAGGACCGUUGUUGGAAAUUUGUGGCCGUCGCAAUCUUUGGGAAACUCUGGAGAAUGAGGCAAAUGACCAGUUCUAACAACCUUUUCUAACUCCUUUUUCGUUGGAAAUCCGGUCAAUGUGCCGACAUCAAAACUAGAUGAUCCACUAUGAACAGUAUCUUGAUUUAAUGACAAAUCGGUAGUGCUUUCUCUACUUUCUGUGGUGUCAUGGUCUCCUGAAGCAGCCAAGCCGUCUGUGUCUUCUUCUUCUUCAGCAGUGCUUCGAACAGAGCUUUCACCAGGUUUAUUUAAAGUUGAAUCACCUUCCUUGUCUCUUUUGUAAGCACCUACCUCAAACAAUGUGCGAGAGGCCUUCUUUGCUUCUUUUUCUCGUAUCUUUUUUACCUGCCUUUUCUGAGCACCAGACGUGUGCCUGUAAGAUAACAUCGCAGGGGUUGCUUGGAUCGUGAUCCCGUUUAGUGAUUUUGAUAAAGACUUUUAUAGCGUUUGGAUUUGUCUUGGUUCUUCGCAUGUGCUUUCUCUCUGGUCUACACCGUGAAUGGAAGAUUUACUUUUACGUUUAUAGGAAGUCCACACAAGGAAUAACUAAAACAUCUGACCUAAACAUGGGCUCCGACAAAGGUUGAAAAGUGGGGGGCCAAGGAAAAAUUU